AAUCGACAUUUCAAUUAAUUAUUUUAAUGGACCCUGUCGCCUGUUUUACCCGAUAAGCAUAAGCCCCACAGGCCCCUCGACCAUAUCCCAGAUCAAGAUAGGCACGAGUGCGUUUCAAUCGUUUUCGUUGCCCUCAGCUCCCCCGCUCCGCCGUCACGCCCACUUACUGGCCACAUCUAGUUAGUGAAAUCCUGGACAACCGACGACAGUGUCCAGUCGGCGAUGAGUCCAAACACUUGGGUUAUCGAAAUGAAUUCGCACAAGUCACGUUUGUUUACCCAUCCUCAAGCGCAUCCUCGCUCCCAGCUGUCGAAUGAUGCAUUUGCUCGCCGUGCUGUGUCCAACGAUAAUCCCGUCUUCGAGGACAUCAGCACAAUUCUUUCGGUGCUAAAGGCCAGCGGUUUGCUGCCCUUUUACGAGCAACUGUCCAGCUAUGAGGUGGGUCCGCCCAGCAAGACCAACGAGUUCUAUUCGUUCUUUGUGCGCGGCGUCGUCCAUGCGCUGACCAUCUUCAACAUCUACAGCCUGAUUACGCCCAAUUCGGCGCAGUUGUUCUUCUCACUGCGGGAAACGGACAAUGUGAAUCAGUGGAUCGAGUUGCUGCUCUGUAUUUUCACCUACACUCUAACCGUCUUUGUUUGCGCACGCAACACGAAGAGCAUGCUGGAGAUCAUGAACGAAAUACUCAAGCUGGACAAAGAGGUGUUGCGUCAGUUUGGCGUUGUGCUCAGCAACAAUUGCAAUUUCUCGGUCAAGUUUCUGGUGGUCAUCGUCUGCUGCCAGGCCUACAUUAUGGUGCUACGCAUCUAUGCCGUCAAGGGUGCGAUUACUCCCACGUCCUACAUCCUGAUUGCGUUCUACGCCUUUCAGAAUGGCCUGACUGCCACGUACAUAGUUUUUGCCUCGGCUCUGUUGCGCAUCGUCUGCAUUCGCUUUCAUUUCGUCAAUCAACUGCUGAACGCCUUCACUUAUGUGCAGCAGCAGAAGCUGGCCAAGAAGAGUCGUCGUCAGCCGCCGGUGUCGAACAUGGAGCACUUUCCAGAGGAUUCGCUCUUCAUUUAUCGCACGCACAACAAAUUGUUGCGCAUCUACAAGAGCAUCAACGAGUGCUGCAGCCUGAUCAUUGUCUGCUUUCUCGGCUACUCCUUCUACACGGUGACCACCAAUUGGUAUAAUCUGUUUGUGCAGAUCACCAACAACAAGGGCAUCAUCUCCGCCCACAUUCUGCAGUGGUGUCUGGCCUGGCUCUGUUUGCACACCUCUCUGUUGGCCUUGUUGUCGCGCAGUUGUGGAGCCACCACCUACGAGGCCAAUUCCACAUCGCAGAUCCUGGCGCGUGUCUACGGCAAGAGCAAGGAGUUCCAGAAUAUUAUCGACAAGUUUCUCACCAAGAGCAUCAAGCAGGAAGUCCAAUUCACGGCUUAUGGUUUCUUUGCCAUCGACAACUCCACACUCUUUAAAAUCUUUUCGGCUGUAACCACAUACUUGGUCAUCUUGAUACAAUUUAAGCAGCUUGAGGAUUCAAAGUUAGAGGAGCAAGUGCAAAACGAAGUUUAGAUUCAAAACUAAUCAUAUUUAUGAUUAUAUAUAUUUAACGUUUACUGUUUCAUUUUAUUAACUAGAUUACAAAUCUUACGUCAAUUUUACUAAUUGCAUAUCUAGUACGCACAACUUGGAAAAUCAAAAUGCAAAUGCACAAAAUUAAAC